ACACCAACAAACUGUGGAAGCAAGCAAUCUUAAAAAAUAAUCUAACAAAAAUGAAGAACCAAUCUUCCAAUAAAUUUUGGCUUCUCGUCCUCCUCAUUCUUUAUCUCUCAGCCUCUUCGUCAUCAUCUGCACAACACUAUGAGCAGCCUCAACAACGUCAGGUCUAUAUUGUGUACUUUGGAGAACACAGUGGAGAGAAAACGACUCAUGAAAUUGAAGACGAUCAUCACUCGUAUCUGUUCUCUGUUAAGGGUUCCAAAGAAGAAGCUAAGGCCUCUCUUAUUUACAGCUACAAGAAUGUCAUCAAUGGCUUCUCGGCAUUACUCACACAGGAUGAAGCUUCCAAAUUAUCAGAGAUGAAGGGAGUGGUUUCAGUGUUUCGCAGCCACCCAAAAAAGCACAGGCUUCAUACCACAAGAUCAUGGGAUUUUAUAAGCUUGCUUGAGGCAGGUAAUGGAGAGGCCAACCAUCCAUAUCCAUAUGAAGAACUAUUGCAUAAAGCCAGUUAUGGAAAAGAUGUCAUCAUUGGAAUGAUCGAUAGUGUUUUACGUUGUAGGAAACUAAUUGGGGCUCGAUACUACAUAAAGAGUUAUGAGGCAACAUUUGGUCCUCUCAAUAAUACAGAGGACUACCGGUCACCUAGAGACAAGGACGGCCAUGGCACCCACACAACAUCCAUUGUUGGAGGCCGUAGAGUUAUGAAUGCUUCUGCCAUUGGUGGCUUUGCCUAUGGUACUGCCUCUGGUGGGGCCCCACUUGUCCGACUAGCUAUAUACAAAGCAUGUUGGCCAUUUCCAGGCCAGCCCAAAUCUUACGGAAACACAUGCCUAGAAGAUGACAUGCUUGCUGCCAUUGAUGAUGCAAUUGCCGAUGGUGUUCAAGUUCUUAGCAUCUCCAUUGGAACUAGUCAAACCAUUCCAUACACACAAGACGGGAUUGCAAUUGGAGCAUUGCACGCUGCGAAGCGAAACAUUGUAGUGGCAUGUAGUGCUGGCAACUUUGGUAAUGUCACUAAUGUGGCUCCAUGGAUCAUCACUGUUGCUGCAAGUAGCAUUGAUCGAGUUUUUCCUUCACCUCUCGUGCUAGGAAAUCAAAUGAAAAUUCAGGGACAGACAGUCACUCCGCUUAAACUAAGAAGGAUGCACCAACUAGUUUAUGCGCAAGAUGCAGAACUCCCAGGAGAUAUAACUGGAAAUUGCCUCCCCGGUACCCUUUCACCAAAGCUUGUAAAAGGAAAGAUUGUUGUCUGUUUGGGAUUAGAUGUCCAGAGUGCUAUGGAGGUGAAAAGAGUAGGAGGUGUAGGUAUCGUCCUAGUAAACCCCUAUGGAAUCCUCGGAGCUCAAUUACUUGCAGGAACAACAGUAGGACUGAAUGACAAAGCUACAAUUGUCAAUUAUACGAGGACUAAUGUGAAUCCAACGGCAACAUUAAUCCCAGGAACUACUAUUUUGGGUAGUAAACCAGCACCAUUCAUGGCUCCCUUUACCUCAUUGGGUCCAAAUGGCCUUGAACCUAAUAUUAUUAAGCCUGAUAUUACUGCUCCGGGACUAAAUAUUCUAGCGGCUUGGAGUGAAGCAAUUUCUCCUACACAACUUGAUGUUGAUCAUCGAGUUGUCAAUUAUAAUUUACUAUCUGGAACUUCCAUGGCCUGCCCUCAUGUGGCAGCAGUAUCUGCACUUCUAAAAGCCAUACAUCCUAAUUGGAGUAGCGCCGUUAUAAGAUCUGCGUUGAUGACUACUGCGACACUAAAUAAUAACAUGGGUACACCAAUAACUGACACUGCUGGAAAUCUGGCAACCCCAUUCCACUAUGGAUCAGGCCAUUUCCAACCAGCUAAUGCAGCAGAUCCUGGCCUUGUCUACGAUGCCACUUACACAGACUACCUUCUCUUCCUUUGCAGCACCGGUUAUCAUCUCGAUCCAUCAUUUAAAUGUCCAAAACAUCCACCUUCACCAAGUAAUCUUAAUUACCCAUCUCUUGCAAUAGCUAAACUCAAGAGGACCGUUACUGUGAAGAGGACUGUCACAAAUGUUGGUGCAAGCAAGAGUGUAUACUCGUUGACCUUCAAACCUCCUAUAGGUUUUUCUGUUGAGAUCUCUCCAACAAUCUUGUCUUUUAGUGAAGUAGGGGAGCAGAGAAACUUCUUCAUAACAGUCAAAGAGGAGAGUAGGCCAAAAACAAAGCCUAAGGCAGGCGAGUAUGCAUUUGGUUGGUACAUGUGGAGUGAUGGAAUGCAUAGAGUAAGGAGUCCCAUUGCAGUUUCAUCUGCAUAAGUUUCAUAGGGAAAAAAAUAAUAUAAGAAUUUUUAGCCCAAAUCCCUUCUUAUAUUAUUUUUCUACUAGAGUCAAUUUAUGCUAUAUGUUAGGGUUUUCUUUGAUGGAAUAAAUAGAUUAUUAUCUUGACGAGUCUGUAUGUUUUCAACCUAGUUAGGAUAUACUUAUCUUGUAGUGAUGCAAUCGCUCUCUUGUUUUCAAUUUAAUAACAUAAUGGAUGUAAUUUUAUAUUUAUGUAAAUAAAGUCCAGUAUUUUAGUUUUCAUUA